UAGAGAAGACAACCGGAGCUUUUUUACAUGGUUCGAACCUUGCACGCGGUAAACAGUCACACACAAAACAACUGAUCAUCCAAAGAGAAGAAGAAGAAGAACAACAACAAACCUUUCUCUCUUCUCUCUCUCUCUCUCUCUCUUUCCCCAUAUUCAAGUCUUGAUCCAUUAUUAUUAUUAUUAUUAUUAUUAUUAUUAUUAUUAUUACAAUCAAUGGCUCCAGUCUCAGCUCUCGCCAAGUACAAGCUCGUCUUCCUGGGAGACCAGUCAGUCGGCAAGACCAGCAUCAUCACCCGCUUCAUGUACGAUAAAUUUGACAACACUUAUCAGGCUACAAUUGGCAUUGAUUUUCUUUCAAAAACCAUGUAUCUUGAAGAUCGAACUGUUCGACUGCAAUUGUGGGAUACAGCUGGACAGGAAAGAUUCAGAAGUCUCAUUCCAAGCUACAUCAGAGAUUCAUCUGUUGCAGUCAUUGUUUAUGAUGUUGCAAGUCGACAAUCAUUCCUGAACACUCUGAAGUGGAUAGAAGAGGUGCGCAGCGAGAGGGGCAGUGAUGUUAUUAUCGUACUUGUUGGAAACAAGACAGAUCUUGUUGAAAAGAGACAAGUGUCUAUAGAAGAAGGAGAAGCCAAAGCUCGCGAUCUUAAUGUCAUGUUUAUUGAAACCAGUGCUAAGGCUGGCUUUAAUAUAAAGGCACUCUUUCGGAAAAUUGCUGCUGCUUUACCAGGAAUGGAAACACUUUCCUCAACGAAGCAAGAAGACAUGGUUGAUGUGAAUCUGAAGUCAAUGAGUGCAUCAAAUCAAUCCCAACCUCAAUCCAGUGGAUGUGCCUGUUGAUGCAUCCUCUUGAGCAUUCUUUGUACACCCAAUGUUUCAUCGCUGUGCCAGUUGGGUAUCUCUAUUUUUCUUUGCAUCAGAUCUGUAAAGGGUUUUCGUCUGCAUUUUCUUUCGGUUGAGUGGUUUUCUCUUCUGUAGGUAUAUUCUGCUUUGUUUGGAAACUUAUUUCAGGACAAAAAAACUAACUGAGGAGAUAGAAAUAGAUGAGUUAUGAUCAGGGGGGGUAAUCUGGUGGUGAAUCAAGAAACCAAUAGUCUGUCUCAUAUUUUGUCCUCUCGAAUAGAUUUUGGUCUUAAUGCAUUUUUUGUGAUAUUGAACAAUGUUGAUAUUUUACUUUUCUAGCAUUGUUAUGGGAAAACAUCUAUUUGUUUAA